GUCACGUGUAUCGCUUUGACGUAACUGGGGUUAGAGUUCAGAAUCCUGGUGAUGAUGUCAUCUCUAAAAGAUGGCUGAAGGAGAAAGCUGGUGGGGAGGCUGGCUUCAUCAAAGCUUCCAGGCCGUCAAAGACAAGUCAUCAGAGGCCUUAGAGUUUAUUAAGCGAGACUUGACAGAGUUCUCCACGGUAGUGCAGCAUGACACAGCCUGUUCCAUUGUGGCCACAGCCGCUGCGGUCAAAAAUAAGCUAGCGGUUGAAGGCUCAUCAGAGACCACAGAGAAGGUCAAGAAGAGUCUUUCUAGUUUCUUGGGAGUCAUAACAGACACACUCGCACCACCCCCUGAUAAAACCAUCGACUGUGAUGUUAUCACGUUGGUGGCAACACCGGCUGGAACAACAGAAGUCUACGACAGCUCAAAGGCACGUCUCUACAGUCUGCAGGCUGAUCCUGCCACAUACUGCAAUGAGCCUGAUGGCCCCCCAGAGCAAUUCGACAACUGGCUAUCCAACUUCAGUAUGGAGGAUAAGAAAAGCGAGAUCUCUGAGCUGUUAGUUAGCAGUCCCUCAAUACGAGCGCUUUACACAAAAAUGGUUCCGGCAGCAGUUGCCCAUUCGGAAUUCUGGCAAAGGUACUUCUACAAAGUAUUCCAGCUGGACCAGGAGGAGGCACGGCGCCUGGUGCUGAAGCAGAGGGCAGAACAGACUUCCCAAACAGAGACCCUUGGCUGGGAGGAAGAGGAGGAGGACGACUUUCUUGGUACAGUGUCCUCAUCACAGCUCAACUUUACACCCCCAUUGGACAUGAGCUCAACGCAAGCGCCUACCCCUUCGAUGACCCCCGCAGCAACCACGCAGCUUAGUAGUACAACGCUGUCUCCCGCUGACGAACGCGACGCCACCCUCUCAGUUAGCAGCGACAGCGUCAGUCUGCCAACGCAGCUGGAGGUGGUCAACACCGAGUUGGCAAACAAGCUGACCGAGGUCACUGUGGACGAUAGUGUAGACAAGAUGCAAAAAGUGCAGAAGCCGGAGCAGACACAAACGGAAACUGGAACCCAGCAAGAGGUCACUGCGGAUGUAGCGACAUCACGCAUGACAGCAAAAGUAGAGGCUGGAAAGGAAGAAGGACCACAUGACCUUAGAGUGUUUGAGCUGAACUCUGACAGUGGCAAGUCUUCGCCGUCUAACAAUGGCAAAAAGGGUACAUUCAUCCGAGGUUCUAGUACCGACGUGAGUGAGGACUGGGAGAAAGACUUUGAUCUGGACAUGACAGAAGAAGAAGUUCAAAUGGCGCUCUCUAAAAUUGAAGCGUCUGGAGAGCUGGAAGAAGACUGGGAGAACUGGGAAUGAGAGCCUCUGCAGCAUCAACCAUGUCCCUGCCAUCCAAGCUAGUUCUCUGCAGAUGAACCAUGCGUUGUUGAACCUUUGUCCACACUGUCACCUUGUCAUAAUUGUCAGUUGGAGAUUUUCCAGACGGGGUUUGGACCAGUUUUGGUAAACCUGUUGUAAAGGAAGACAAGAUUUAGGUCGGCCUCUAAGCCAGACAACGUGACGUGACGGGCCCUGACUAUUUCUUGGAGCUACCCUGGAAUUCAGAGCAAAUGACACCAGUAAAUAGAUGGAGUUUGUAAUCAAGAAGAUGUGUUCCCACAACGAUGGAGGAACUUUUUUUUCUUCAUGUACGUUUUGCUGGCUUAACUGUAGGUUAAAAUGGCAUAAGUGCUGCUUGUUACCAUUGGGAGAUAAUAAAUACUACAGCAGUCAUUUUUGAUUAUUAUUAUUAAAGAGCAAUUAUUAAGCCUACCCUUGCCUGCCUUUUUUUUUUUGUUUUUGCUUUUUAUGCCAAUAUCUACAGUCCCUAGCGGAAGUAUUAACACCCUUAGAUUUCCAUUUUUACAUUACAAGCUCCAAAUGAUUUAUUUGAAGUUUUAAUUAAAACCUGCCAAGUUUGACAGUCACUCACAAACCAAUAUUUUUUGUUUUUGUUUUCCUCGAUUCAUGGCUAUCUCUCAGUCAUUUCACAAAAAGUACUGCUGUCUGCAAUUUAAUACGAUGCAAAUCAUUGUAUUCGCCUGGAGUGAUCUGAUUGCGCAAUGUCUUGCAUGUCUGUUAUUGACUGUCUGUGAGACUCUCACAAAAGUUCUUAAAACCUGUUACAUCAAUUUUCCAUUGAGUUGCUUUCAGUAUGAAUUCUCAAUUGUUCGUGCUAUUAAAGGUAUUAUGAGAUAUUA